UACUUAUAUUACUUCAAUAUCCAAAUAAUAUUAUAACAUUAAGGAACAUUUAAACAUGGAUACAUUAAUAAAAGAUGUAUAUGAUGUAUUAACUAACAAAACUGAAAAUGAAUUACCUUCACAAGAUAAACUCAUUAAAUAUCAGAAUACAUACAGAUUGGAAUCGAAAAAUCCAUUCAAUGAAAACAAAGCUUUAACCGUUAUAAAAAAUGAAACAAUGAAACAUUUGAAUAAUGAAACUAGAUAUAAUCCAGAUGACGCAACAAGAAUCGCUGCAAAUAUGUCACUUAGUAUAAGAGAUGGUAUUUAUGACUUAGAUUUUGAAAGGUACAAAAUUGUCUGCAUAGUUGAAAUUGGAGAGAAAAAAGAUCAAGGAAUAAUGUCUAUCGCUAGAUUGCUACGAGACUUCAAUAAAGAUAAAUAUGUUUAUAGCAAUUUUGAAAAUCAUCAUUUGUUUGCAACUAUUAUAGUAGGGGCAUUUUAUUAUGAAUAAAUUCAGUAAAAUUUUACAACGCUUAAAAACUUAAUAAGUAACAAUCUAAAACCAAAAUUGUUCACAUUUUCAAAAUCUUUUAAGAAAAAAAGAAAUAUUUAAUCCAAAAACUUUUUGAAAAAUACUUAUUUAUUAAAAAUUAUUAAUUAAUAUUUAAUUACCUGGCAU